CAACGACAGAAAGAAAGACCUGGCCUUGUGUUUUUUCUUCCAGGAACGAUACUCAAGAGGCCAAUUCAGUGUCUAAUUUUCCGAGGGCUUUGAGUACACAACGUUCAAAGGGUGCUCGGAGCUACCGUCGGAGAUCGUGUGAGCGGACGGGUAGUACCCCUGUGGGCCGAAUCCCUGGCCGAACGCGCUUCAGACCCCACUUGCGUCACGUCGCGCGCGCCGUGGGUGUCAGUGUCUCUCCCCACCCCCGAGGGUCGUGGUGGCGGACCUCGGAGCUUGACAAUUUACCUUGCCUUACCUAUCUUCCCCCUAUAGUAUAGUAUCUCCUGAAAUUCGUUCGGGUUGCUGUUGUGCUCCCUUCUACCCACUCCCCCUCUCUCUUUUUACCCUCUCCCCGAAUCUUCACCAUGUCCGACGAGCCGACGCUGCCCAGCCUGCGCUCGUCCAUCUCGUGGAACGCGCAGACGGAGCGCUUCAGCAACAACCCCCGGAAGCGCAGAUACAACUUUAGAAACCACUCGGUCGCGCCACCGUCAUGGUCCAACUCGAGCGACCCCGCCGUCUUCUCCAGCGAUGACGACCCGGGCCUGGACAACUACGUGGAAGGGCGGCGGAAGAAGAAGAAGUACGUCGGCUCUUGGUUUCACCAGCAGCCCGCGUCCUCCUCCGACUCGGCCACGGGGGAGCCGCGGCCGGCGCUGAGGGGCAAGCGGACGUUGAAGCGCGACUUGGACAGUGGUGUGUGGAUGGGCAGCGACAGCACGGAUGGUGACGACAGCAUCAUGAUGCCCGACCUGCCGACCCAGUCGAGGCUGCCCCAGCUGAACCUGGCGCCGCCUCGCCGUCGCAACGUCGUCUCGGCCGAGGAGCUCGAGGCGCGGGAAAGGAUCCAGCAGUGCCUGGACGCCGGCAACGAGUACAUUGAUCUCUCCACGAUGGGACUCAAGACGCUCUCCGAUGCCACCAUUCGCCCCCUGUCCGAGUUCUCCUGCAUCCCCAUCGUAGCCGAAGGCGUCCCGUUCGAACAGAAGGACCCGACUCUGCAGCUCUAUCUCUACCGCAACCCUUUGAUCAGACUGCCCGGUGCCAUCUUCGAUCUGCAGCACCUGACGGUGCUUUCGCUUCGCGGGUGCCGACUGAGAGAGCUGCCCCCGGCCAUUGGCAAGAUGCGGAGCCUGCGAACCCUGAACCUUGCGCAGAACCUGCUCAGAUACCUCCCCGCUGAGCUGCUCGGCCUCAUGGCCGCCCCCUCCAGCCUGGAGGAGCUGCUAUUGCAGGGCAACCACUUCUUUCAGGCCGCCGAGCGCCCGCGCCUCGCCGAUCUGGAAACCCUCGGCGGCUCGGAGGACUCGGAGCUGGUCGAGGCGUGGAAGCCGGGCUUCGAUGGGGUCGCGGCGAGGUUCGCUGCGCGGUCGCCGGUGCACUACCUGGACAGCUCGGGCUUCUCGCACUCGGAAUUCCGCCUUGACCCGGAGGCCGUCAUCGUGCAGACAGAUCGACAGGACGGUGAAGAAGGAAGCGCGUCCGCCGCGGCGCCGUCUUCGUCGGCACCAUAUCACUCCAAGUCCGCCGGGAGAUGCGUGGCGAGCGCCAAGGGCAGCCGCGUGCCCAGCCUGAUGGAGCUGGCGCUGCGCAGCGCUUACAGGAGCUCCGAUUUGAACGAGCUCCCCAACUACAUCCCUGAUUCGCUGGGUCACCUGCAGGCCUUACUGGAGCGGGCCGCGGACCAGCGCGAGGUGGGCGGGCUCACGUGCUCCGUGUGCAGGAAGCCCUUUGUGGCGCCAACCACGCAGUGGCUAGAGUGGUGGCAGGUUUGCCUGGUGGAGAGCCGGCAAAAGGAGGACGGUUACGCCGUCAGGGCCAGGCCGUGGACCGACCUGGACGAGGAGAACGACGGCGCCGUCCCGUUUUUGAGGAGGGGUUGCUCGUGGAAGUGUGGUCCUGCCCACGUCAAGGAGGGACAGUGGACGAUCUGACCUGCU